AUGCCCAAAAGUGGGCCUCUGCAGUUCGCCCACUUCCGAGCAUGCACGACGAGACCAAACACUUUCGUCGAAUUGACGCCCGAGGAUGCAAUCGAGCAAAGCAGAGGUCACGGAAAGUUCAGCUACGACGCGUCGACCGAUGGGACGUCUUUUUCUGGCAAUGUUCUGUUGAAUGGCUUCCGAUGCCGAAUGACCGAGGUCAACAUGUGA